UUGCAUCCGCUGCUGGUCCGUGCUCUGGCCCCCCUGCGAUUGCUGUGGGGGCCGAAUUUACUAUUGCCGGCGCUGUUGCUGGUCGCGCUGGGGCUGCGGCUCUACGGGAUUGACUGGGACGCCGGCCACGGGUUCCAUCCCGACGAGCGGUCGUUUUAUCUGCGGGCCGAUGACAUGUUCAGGACGUUGGCGGUUGCGCCCGGCCACGAGCGAUGGCUGGCGCAGUGGCCGGAGAUGGAAGCCGGGAUACCGACCCUGGCUACGUUUUUCGACGCGGAACGCAGCCCUCUGAACCCACACUGGUUCCCGUUGGGCAGCGUCCUCAUUUAUAUCCUGGUGCUGAUUCGAUCUGUUGCCGAGCUGUUUACCGACUGGGGCGCAAUGGAUAUGCGGUUCGCCGGUCGUACGCUGGCCGCCCUGGCUGAUGUGGGUUCCGUGGCGAUGAUGUACGUCAUCGGCCGCAGGAUGUAUGGGCGUUGGACCGGGUUGCUGGCAGCCGCGUUGACCACGUUCGCGGUGAUUCACAUCCAGCACGCCCAUUUCUACCGUCCCGAGCCGUUCACGGUGUUGACGUCCUUGGGAGCGUUGUGGGCGAUGCUGCGCCUGGUGGACGGAGGGAGGUAUCGGGAUGCGUUGCUGUUGGGGGCAUUGGUGGGCGCGGUGCUGUAUGCGGUUGCUUUCGCCGGGAUCUAUUCCCGCCCUCACACCGCGGUGGUUGCAUCUGAGUGGAUCAACGCCAACGUAGCGCCGGGUUCUUCCAUAGUCAACGGCGGGUCGUUCUGGGACGAGCGUAUUCCGGAUUUGGGUCGGUACGAUGUGUGGACGUUUCCCGCUUACCAUCCCGACGGCGACCCGGGAAAAAUCCCUGAACUUGCCCAGCGUCUGUCUGCCGCCGACUACCUGAUCUUCUAUUCCAACCGGGCGUUUGGCUCGAUUACACGGUUGCCCGACCGGUACCCGCAAAGCGCGGCUUUCUAUCAGCAGCUGUUCGUCGGCGAUCUGGGUUAUCGAUUGGAGCAGGAGUUUGUGUCCUUCCCCAGGAUCGCGGGAGUAUCGCUGCAGGAUGAUCCGUACGACCGGGCCGGUUUGCCGGCUCCCCGGCAAUCCUCUUCCAAUGCGGACUGGAGACAGCCGGGCGGGCUGUACCUGAAUCUCGGAUACGCCGACGAAAACGUUGUUGGAUAUGACCAUCCUCAAACCCUGAUUUUCCGGAACGUGGGCCGGUUAUCGGAUACGGCGAUUCUUGAAGUGAUCGAAUCCGGGGUUUUGGGUACCGAUAGCGCCGCGCCGCUGAUGUUGUCCGAAGAAGCUGUUCAAAUCCAGCGAACCGGUGGGGGAUGGUCGGAGGUAUUCGACCGGGGAGGAUGGCCGGCGAGAGUGCCGGGUUUGGCAUGGUUGUUGGUCGUUGAGCUGAUCUGCCUGGCGGCUUUUCGGUUCACCUGGUGGCUGAUGCGACCAUUGCCGGAUCGGGGAAUUUUGUUCGCCAGGGUCCUUGGACUGCUUCUCGUGGCGUGGGUCGCCUGGAUGUUGGUGAGCCUCGGGGUAAUUCAGUACUCAGCGGGAACGGUUUGGUUGGCGUUGUGCAUCGCGGCCAUCCCAUCAGCGCUGGUGUUGUGGCGGCAGUGGCAACCGAUGUUGGACUGGGUUCGGCAGAACUGGCGAUUGGUGGUUACGGCGGAAGCCCUGUUCCUGCUGGCUUACGUCGGGUUCCUGAUGAUUCGUGCCGCGAAUCCAGAUUUGUGGCAUCCGUGGCGGGGCGGCGAGAAACCCAUGGAGCUGGCGUACUUCACGGCGGUAACGCGAUCCGUGGCGCUGCCGCCCUACGAUCCGUGGUUCGCGGGUGGUUAUCUCAAUUAUUACUAUUGGGGCUAUUUCAUUCUUUCGGCGCCGGUGAGGUUAACGGGCAUACCGCCGGCUACGGCGUUCAACCUGGCCGUCCCGCUGCUGUUCGCGCUGACGGCAACCGGGGUUGGUUCCCUGGUGUACAACCUGGUUGCAUCCGCCCGCGGCCGGCCAGAUGCGAACCGCCCCCAAACGGAUCAUUCGGGCAGGAGGCGCUGGUGGAUCUGGAUUCCCGGUGGUGGGGCCGCGCUGGCCGGGUGCGCUGCUGCCGCUAUGGCGACGAUCGCGGGCAAUUUGGACGGUGCGGUGCAGCUGAUUCAGUUAGCGCAGGCCAGGCUUCAGGGUGGGGCGGCGGCCCUGUCCAAUUUCGAUUUUUGGCGCAGCAGCAGGGCGAUCCCGGUUCUUGACGAAUUCGAGCCAUCGAAAUUGACCCCCUGGAUCGAACGACGUGACUGGAUGGAAUCCGGGUUUCACAUCACCGAAUUCCCGUUUUUCACGUUUCUGUUUGCGGAUCUGCAUGCUCACAUGAUGACGAUGCCCUUUGCCGUGUUGGCGCUGGCGUUGGGGCUGAGUUUGUUACUUGGACUGGCAACGCGCCGGGUGUGGCGCGGCUAUUGGCCGUGGAUUGUUGCUGUAAUAUUCGGGCUGGCAGUGGGGAGUUUGUGGGCGAUCAACUCGUGGGAGUUUCCGGCCUACGCGCUGUUGAUGGUGGGAGUUUGCGCCGGCGCCUCCUGGAUGUCGCCCGGCUCCGUCAAGGCGAGGCUUCUCGCCGGUGGUGGUCUGGCAAUGGUGGCGUUGCUGGUCAGUUAUGCCGCGUUCUGGCCGUUUCAUGCGUCUACGGAAACGUUUGGCACAGGGAUCGAACUGACGCGAUGGCGCACGCCGAUCACAAACUAUCUGUUGAUUCACGGGUUACUGUUGCUCGGAGCGUUGGGUCUGCUCGUGGUUACAUUGCCGGCGGCGUUUUCGCCGCUGGUGCCGGCCGUACGAACCCGAUCCGGGCUAUUGGCGCAACGGCAGUGGACGCUGGCGGGCGUGGUCCUGGGGAUGAUCCUGGCGAUCUAUUUGUGGGCGGCCGGUUACGUUACGGCUGGCUUUCUGACAGUAUUGGUUUCCCUAACGGCCUGGGCGCUAGUGGACAGAAUCGCCUCGCGGGAUGCCGUGAAUCGGCGGCCUGACACGAUGGCGCUGGCAAUAUUGGCCCUGGCGUUGGCCGUAGGCAUCGGAGUUGAACUGGUCAGGGUCGAGGGCGACAUUGCGCGGAUGAACACCGUGUUCAAGUAUUAUCUGGUUGCCUGGCUGUUGUUCUCCAUCGUAGCCGGUUACGGGUUUUGGAGAUGGUGGCAAACCACCGGGGAAUAUGCCCUGGCAGUCAGGAGAGGGUCGAGAAUCGCUGGAGCCGGCCUGGUCGCGCUGGUAACGACUGGGGUGCUGGUUUAUCCCGUGUUGGCGACCCCGGUGAGGCUCGACGACCGGUUUGGAGACACACCAUACACGCUGGACGGGGCAGCCUGGAUGACAACCGCGGUUCACUGGGAACGGGAUGUUCCGAUUGAGCUGGGUUGGGAUGCUGAAGCCAUCCGGUGGAUGCAGGACAACGUGGCAGGCACGCCGGUGGUGUUGGAAGCCCACGGAGAUCAGUACCGGUGGAACGGGAGGUUCUCAGCGUACACGGGUUUGCCAACGGUGUUGGGAUGGCCGUGGCACCAGGUUCAGCAGCGCAACGAUUGGGAUGGGGUGCGGGAGCGGGCCCGGGAUGUGGAAACGAUAUACGACAGCGUCCACGGGCCGGUGGUGCUCCAAUUGCUGGAAAAAGACAUUGCCAUCAUAGUGAUGGCGGUGACGGUGGCGCUGGCUGCGCUGGUUUCGAUGAUCGUCCUUUUGAAAACCUAUCCGGCGCUGCGCCGAGGGACGCAGAACUUCAUGGCGGCCUCGGAGAUGAUGUUGGGUACGGCAAACCGAAUUUCGGGUUUGGUGAGUAUGGGCAGCGAGCUAGCCACGCUGGUCUGGGGGAUCGUGGACCGCAUUCGCAACCGCAACUCCGGGGACUCGGACGAGGAACGCCAGCCGUAA